GGCACGUUGCUGCAGCUGGUCGUAGAGUUUAUUUCCCUGAGCGCAGAUCAACGUGGUGGAUUAUAUAUUUUCCAGAAAGCAGCCGCUCGUGACAGUGUGCGCAUGGGGGGGAACAGCCCGAGUCACCUUUCUCGUGAGGAUGCUGAAGGCGGAGGAGUGACUUUUGUGAAGGGCAUUCGGCUGUCGGAUAAAGUGAUCCACCGGAUGAAAGAGUCUUCAAACGCCGUUCCUCGGGUCUCACGGGAUGGAUCUCCUAAUUUCCGCUCACCUGAAACACAAACACCCGCUCCAGUUCCCGCCCCCUCUGUCGAACACUUGACACCUCUUCUGCCUCCAUUCGUCACACCACCCACACCUCCGUCAGUGGAACCUUCUCCUCCUGUAAAACUGGUCCCUCCCCCAGCUGUAAAGUUUCACUCCCUGCCUCCUACCUCUGUGGGGCCUGCGUCUCCGCCUCCACCUGUAGAGCCAAAAACCCCACCUCUAAUUGAGCCUGUUGUCUCAGAUGCCGCUGCACCACCUCCUCCACAAGAAGCCCCACCCACACCUCUAUCAGUGGAACCUCCUCCUGUAAAGCUCCACUCCCUUCCUCCUACGGUGGAGCCUGAAGCCCCAACCAAAACUCCACUUCUAACCAUCCCUUCUGUAGCAGCCCCUCCUCCACCUCCAUCUACACCUUCUCCACAUGUAGAAGCACAUGUGGAGCUGGAAUUGCCUCCUCCUCCACCAGCUGCAGGGGAGCCAGUAGUCCUACCUCCUCUUGAAUCCUUCAUCUUACCUGACGUAGAGCCAGAAACCCCAUCUACUCCGGUGAUAGCAGAACACGUUUUCAAACCCGUUGUCCUACCUCCACCUGUAGAAUCGUCUGUAGCUCCACCUGAAUCGUUAGCUUCACUGCUGCCUUCUGAAACGCCUCUAACUGUUGAACCUGCUGCUGUAACUCCCUCUGUUGAACCUGUUAUGAUACCAGUGGGAACGGUUCCACCUCCACCCACUUUUGAAUUUACACCAGUUGAACUAAUAACACCAACAUGUCCUGUUGAUUCAGCUCCAGUUGAAGCUCUAGCUUUACCGCCGCCAGUGGAGGCGACUCCUGUUGAACCUGCAGUCCCACCUGCUGCAGUUAAAGUGCCUCCUGUCCUGGUUUCAGCUGCCGAGCCACCCUCUCCACCUCCUUCGGAGCCGGUGGCAGCACCCUCUCCUCCACCUCCUCCGGAGCCGGUGGCAGCACCCUCUCCUCCUUCUCUUCCGGAGACGGUGGCAGCACCCUCUCCACCUCCUUCGGAGCCGGUGGCAGCACCCUCUCCUCCUUCUCUUCCGGAGACGGUGGCAGCACCCUCUCCACCUCCUCCGGAGCCGGUGGCAGCACCCUCUCCUUCUUCUCCUCCGGAGACAGUGGCAGCACCCUCUCCUCCACCUCCUCCGGAGACAGUGGCAGCACCCUCUCCUCCACCUCCUCCGGAGCCGGUGGCAGCACCCUCUCCUCCUUCUCUUCCGGAGACGGUGGAAGCACCCUCUACUCCUUCUCCUCCGGAGCUGGUGGCAUCACCCUCUCCUUCUUCUCCUCCGGAGACGGUGGCAGCACCCUCUCCUCCUCCUCCUGCUCCGGAGACGGUGGCAGCACCCUCUCCUCCUCCUCCUGCUCCGGAGACGGUGGCAGCACCCUCUCCUCCCCCUCCUCCGGAGACGGUGGCAUCACCCUCUCCACCUCCUCCGGAGCCGGUGGCAGCACCCUCUCCACCUCCUCCGGAGCCGGUGGCAUCACCCUCUCCACCUCCUCCGGAGACGGUGGCAUCACCCUCUCCACCUCCUCCGGAGCCGGUGGCAUCACCCUCUCCACCUCAGGAGCCGGUGGCAUCACCCUCUCCUCCUCCGGAGCCGGUCGCAGCUCCCUCUCCUCCUCCGGAGACGGUGUCGAUGGCAGCAAGUCCUCCACCUGUUCCGGAGCUCAUUUUUGAGGAGCCCUCCCCACCCUAUCACUGUGUGGAGCUGGCAAUCAUACCCACUGAUGCACCUGUAGGCGAACCCCACGUAGAGCAUCUAGCACCACCUCCACCCUCUCCAUCUCCUCCUGCUGAGGAGCCCACACUGACCGUGUUUUUGCCCCUUGUUGUUGAGGAUGAAGUACCUGUUGUUGCCUCAGCAAUACCACCUGCAGCAGCUCCACCCGUUCCUCCUCAAGUGGUGGAGGAAGAGUUGAGGCAGAAGAUCAAAGAGGAGAUGCAGAUGAGUCUGGAGGAGGAGAUCAACCAGAAGAGGCAGGAGCUGCAGCGACAGCUGGAGGAGAUGAGGGCUCGGGCUCAAGCAGAGGCCCAAGCAGCCGCCCGGGCUCAGGUGGAGGAGCAGGUGAGAAAGACGCUGGAGGCGGAGAAGGCGGCGUACGGCGAGAACCUGACCGACUCCAUCGCGAAGGCGCGAAUGAAGACGGACGACGAGAGGCUGAUGGUUCAGCUCUAUCGGAUGGAGCUGAAGAGACGCGAUGAUGUGAAACUCACACAGGCUCAUCAGCUGGAGGAGAGGGAGAAAGAGUUGAUGAAACGAGACGCUCUCUACAAGAAACAUGUCUCAAAACUUGAGGCAAAGUGCACUGCGUUUUACAAAGUGACUGCGGAGAGCUUCCAGAAGGGCAAAGAGGACACUCACAACCGGUUUGCGCGUUUCGACAUCCAGCCGGUGUGUGGUGACUUGCAGAGUCAGAUUCUGAAAUGCUACAAGGAGAACACAGGGAAGACUCUGUCGUGCUCCAGCAUCGCCUCGGCCUACAUGCAGUGUGUCGACAACGCCAAGAAGAAUAAAUUGAGCCCUGGAGGUUGAUGUGGACCACUUGAUGAGGAUGGAAACAUCUGGAAGCUUUACUGCUGCAGCAAGGAAACAAACAAAUCACAGGAGAAUCGACUCAAGCCUUCACAUACAUCUGGAAAGAGUGCCACAUAACUGAGGUUAUUGAUUCUGUAUAUAUAUUUAUUUUUAUUUUUUCUGGUGCAUGCAAAACAAAUCAGUCUCAAUAAAUCUUAGUUGUGGAAUCACA